AAAUACGGGUUUAAUUGUUAGAAUUAUUCGCCGUUCCCCCCACCAUUACGUUUCUCCGACAUUACGUUGCUGCACACACGCGUUUCAUUAUUUUUUUUGUCUGUGUUAUAUUUUGAAUUUCGCGCGUCACGGCAACACUGAACACAACCGACCCCGACUGCUUGCCAACACUGCACGCGAACAGCUGACACGAGGCCCAGCUGGAUUGGCUGCUGCUGAUAGCACACGCUCCUCCAACGAAUUACAUAAAUUUUAAACCGAUUGACGCGAUCUUUUUAGCCAUUUCUCACAGAGCGAAAGUCCAGUAAAAAUUAUACGUAACAACAAGACCUGUUAUUAUGUACAAAUUGGCAGCGUUUGCAAGGGAGCGUGCGUGCUUUCUUACGUACCAAUAUGCGACCCAGAAUUUGCAGCAGCAGCCGCAACGCUAUUAUAGCGCACCCGGCCGCAGACCUGGCUUCUUUUCACAAUUCAUUGACAAUGUGCGUAGCGAAAUGGACAAGAACAAAGAGAUGAAAGAGAGCAUAAAGAAGUUCCGUCAGGAGGCACAAAAGUUAGAACAGUCGGAUGCUCUGAAAUCGGCGCGACAAAAAUUCAACAUCGUCGAGUCGGAGGCGCAAAAAUCAUCGAGCAUACUUAAGGAGCAGCUAGGUGCCAUUAAGGAGAAAGUAGGUGAUGUGAUUGACGACGCCUCCAAGUCGGACCUGGCGAAAAAAGUGUCCGAAGAGCUGUCCAAAACAGCUAAGGGUGUUAGCGAUACGAUAACGGAUACGAGUGGCAAGCUGGGUCAGUCAGGCGCUUUUCAAGCCAUAUCCGAUACGACGAAGCUGAUUAAGAAGGAGAUGGAUGCAACGAGCAUAGAUAAUCGUGUAUAUCGCUCACCAGUUAGGCUCCGCAAGCGGGUCCAGGUGGACAUGUCAGACAGUACGCGCGUUGUGGAAGCAAACACGGAAGCAACAGGCCUGGAGUUGCACAAAGACUCGAAGUUCUAUCAAUCGUGGGAAAACUUCAAGAACAACAAUAGCUACGUAAAUAAAGUUCUCGAUUGGAAGGUGAAAUAUGACGAAUCGGAAAAUCCAGUAAUCCGUGCUUCUCGUCUGCUUACCGACAAAGUGUCCGAUGUUAUGGGUGGCCUCUUCUCAAAAACCGAGCUGUCGGAGACAAUGACCGAGCUAGUGAGGAUUGACCCUAAUUUUGAUCAGAAGCAAUUCUUGCUGGACUGCGAAACGGACAUAAUACCCAACAUUCUGGAGGCCAUUGUCCGUGGCGAUUUGGAGAUACUCAAGGAUUGGUGUUUCGAGAGCACAUAUAAUAUCAUUGCCACGCCCAUAACGCAAGCGAAAAAGCAGGGUCUAUAUCUGGACUCAAAAAUUCUGGACAUCGAGAACAUUGAGCUGGCCAUGGGCAAGGUAAUGGAGCAAGGUCCCGUGCUUAUUAUUACGUUCCAGGCCCAGCAAAUAAUGUGCGUGCGCGACCAAAAGGCGCAAGUUGUCGAAGGGAAUCCCGAGAAGGUGAUGCGUGUUCAUUAUGUGUGGGUUCUGUGCCGUGAUCGCGAAGAACUCAAUCCAAAAGCUGCCUGGCGCCUAAUGGAGUUGUCCGCCAACAGUCAGGAGCAAUUUGUUUAGUCGCACUGCAUGCAAUUUAUACUACCUCUAGGCAGUUUAGUUUAUAUCACCAUCUCACCAAACAUUCAACCAACCAACACAUGUAUGUAGAAGACAUUCUUCCGACUUGCAUAGACUUAGCCGAUACACUUCACGAAACGAGAUUUAUGUUAAGUGUGUACAAAAUUAGCUUACGGACUUGCGCCCUUAAAACGAUUUCGAAUUGUGUGUAAUGUUAGGUUGCUGGUCAGCUGAAAGGGCUGUCGACGAAUCCGCCACCGUCUGGAUCUGCUGGUCUGUUUACCAUGUGAUCCCUAGAAUCCAGAAGGUGGUGAUCACAGCUAUAGCUAGCUGGUAAUGUCGUCCUCCCGCUGCCCAUGUAGCUCGUAUACAUGUUGUAUAUUUUAACCUACCUUGUAAGCUGUAUAAGAGCCACAUUGGCCGCGGGUGUGCGCCAAAGCAGAGCUGCUGUGCAGACUCGAUGACUGCUUUAUAAAAUGUUAAAGCUUAAAGUGCAACAAAUUAUAUAAAAGGAAGUAUGUAUAAUUUCGUAAUUCAUAAGUCAAAUUGUUGAGUAACAGCUACCACCUAGGCGAGCACGAUGUGGUAGUGGUAGUUGUGUUACAUAUUUAAGGCAAACCUAAUUGUAAAUACAAUGUACGCUUUCAAGGCAAGGCAAAUUUGCAGUGACACACACAGCCAGACAAGAACGUUUACAUGUGUUGCUUCCCUCUACUGUUAAAAACAUCUAUAAACAUCUAGAAAAUAAAACGCAAACUAUUAUUUACAAACAAUUUAA